AUGGAGGCUGUUUCCCUUGCGGCUAGUAUUGCAGGGCUGGUGACUCUCGCAGAUCUCGUCUUCAGAGCAGCCGUGAAGUACCACAAGUCAGUCAAAGACGCACCGAAAGAGGUCAAGGCUCUAGUGGACGAGGUCAAAGAUCUCUCCCUUCUCCUGCACAAUCUGUCCUUGGUUGAGUAUGGACUGGCUGCGCAGCCCGACCCCGCGGUGCAGGCCAACGCUCGACCGCCAAAGCCUCUCCAUUUGCAGCAAUGCCAAAACCUCCUGAGACGUCUUCAGUCUGGCUUGCCAGAUUUAGAGGCCGGUUCUGGCCUGCAGAAAUUACAAGGCCGCUUGAAAUGGCCAUUUAGCAUCAGCGACACGAAAGAGAUGCUGCAAGCUAUCGGUCGCCACAAGCAGACCAUCAAUAUUGCCCUUACAGCGCAGUCAAUCAGCAAAUUGCAGAUCUACAUUGAGACGAAGAUAUCCCUCAACGAGAACCGCGAAAAGAUACUGAAAACCUUUCUCCCCGUUAACCCACGUGUUGAGUUCGAAGCCAACAAGAGCUUGAGGCACCCUAUGACGGCACUCUGGCUCACCGAAGGAACGGACUUCGGAGACUGGUUUAAUACCGAGAGGUCUCGCCUUUGGUGCAGUGGAAUCCCUGGAGCUGGGAAGUCUGUCAUAGCAGGUGCCAUUGUUGAUGAGUGUCUUCAACUCACUCAGAAUCAACCGAAAGCUGGUCUUGGGUAUUUCUUUUGCACAUAUAAGGAUCCACGCACGGUCUUGCCAUGUAACGUUCUUUCGACAUUGUGCUAUCAGCUUGCCCUCCAGCAUGAGGAUGCAUUUCAAAUCCUGGAGGCAUAUUAUAAAGAACUCCAUCCUUCUCCACAUCUCCCCAUGCCGCCCAAGACAUCCAGACUCAUCGAGGUGCUGCAUGAUAUCUGCAGGGUCUUCAGUCGCGUUUACCUUAUCGUUGACGGCCUUGAUGAGUGUGGUGAUCACACGGAUGAAACCGUCCGGAGCAUGCUGCGUGUCUCUUUAGCAACAGCGAACAAGAACAUCAAUGUCGCCCUACUGAGUAGAGACGAGCUUAUGAUUCGGGAAAAGCUUGAAGAUCACUUCGAUUGGAUCGAGAUCGAAGCUCACACCCAUGAUAUUCAACUCUACGUGGCUUCCCAGCUCGCUCAAUUGAUCGAGGAAAAAAGACUUCGCCUCAGAGACCCGAGCCUCAAAGACGAGAUAGUGGUCAAGCUUGUUGAAGGAGCGAAAGGAAUGUUUCGCUGGGUCACUUGUCAGCUCCAUCACCUCUGUGAGCUCCCCACCGACAGGGCUCGUCGAGAAGCUCUAGGAAAGCUACCACCUACACUGUUCGAGACUUAUGAGCGGAUACUAAACAACAUCGAGUCUCGUUCGGAAGCCGUCAGACAGCUCGUGGAGAGAAGUUUACUUCUAAUCUCUAUAAAUGAUCCAUUCAAAACGCUUACCUCGCGAGCGCUAUGUGAGGCUAUUUCCAUUUCAGAAACGUCGGACAGUCUGGACCCGGACGAGGUUGUGGACGAGCAAGAAGUGCUUCGAUGGUGCGGGAGCCUUGUGAAACUAUCGCAAACCGAUUGCAGGGGGCGGCAAACCUUUCAAUAUGCUCACUUUACGGUCCAGGAAUUUCUUGACAGAGGUUACGAUAAACAUCCGCUUCUGGGUAUAUACGGCAUCUCUGAAACGAAAGCCGAUUUGCUGUUUAUGCGACUGGCUAUUCGAUUCUUAACAUUGAAGAAUUUCGAAAAGUUUCCGACAGUAGAAUAUAUGCAAUCGGGGGAAAGGGACAAAAUGUUGGAAUCUCGGCCUUUUUACACGCCGGCAUCAACUUACUGGACCAUUGGAGCCCUUCUUGACGGCGAUCAAAAUACACAGGACCUUCUGUCUCGACUUUUUCAUAUUGAGAAAACACCCAACUUUUGUCUUUGGGCAACAGAACUUAUUAGAAACCUGUGGGGAAUAGUUCCUCUAGAAAAAGCUGUGGAGGUUCUUACUUCUAUCUUGCGACAUGAUUUUACCCCUUUGCAUAUGGCAGCUGCUUUGGGUUUGGCAGAUAUUUGCCACCAGCUCAUACGGAAAGGUGCCAGGAUCGAUCUUAUGAGUCACUAUGGUACUCCUUUGCAUUUCGCCGUUGGGGGACUCCAUGUUUUCCUCGGUCCCAAUGACGAUAACGAGUUGGCCAAGAGAGCCAGUAAUAGUAUAAACGGAGAGCGCUAUACGUUCUACUACGAAACCGUUUUCUAUAGGAUCAGUUCCCAGGAACAGCUGAAAACGGUUCAGCUGUUCGUAAGUAGUAAAGCAAAAACGGGCCGGCGACUAAGUACGUCUAUCGAAUCGUUCUCACUCCUCACUGUGGCUAUCUUGACGGCGUGUUCGUACGAGAUAAUCGCACAGCUGAUCGAGAACAGAGUUGUUGUAGAAGAGGAAGAUUUACAAAUGUUUGAUAGAAUGCACGAAUGUGCAAUGGAAGAAUACGGACCAAACGAUUUCAAAAGAGAGUACAAUCAGGGCAUGGCAUUUCUGCGCAUUCUUAAUGCUCUUCGAUUUGAUGAUUCAACUGGAAAGCGCUCAUCCCCAGAAGGCCGCUUGUUCAAGAAGACGGUUCAAUUCGCAUCCAAAAUGGCUUUAGAUGUCCCAAGCGAUCUCGCCCUGUCCUCCAUCAGUGAGGAGAUUUCUGAUCAAUUGUGUAGCGAGUCUGUGCUAUCCGCAAUUGAAGAUAACAACAUCACUCUGUUGGAGACUUUACUGUCAUCUCGACGUUGUCAAAACACAGACCUUUCCGACCUCGAUCCUAGGCGACUCGGCUGGUCGCCGAUACACAUUGCGGUAGAAGCAGGAUCACUGGACUGCCUUGAGUUUCUUCUUGACUGGGGCCUCGACCCUAAUUCCAUUACUGCAGAUAACCAAACUCCAAUUCAAUUGUCUACGACAUGUAGAAUCGAAGAUAUCAUGCAAGCCCUGUUGAAGCACGGUGCAAGUACUACUAAGCCUUGCGGCGAGUAUGAGACGUUAUGGCAUGCAGUUGUGGAUUCAAGGAAUACAGCCAUUCUCAGGCAUUUAUUAUGCCAUGAAAAUUCCAAAAAUAGAGCCUUGGCCCUCCGCACAGCAUCUGGUCAGGGAGACACUCCAAUAUGCCGAGCUUUGACGACACACUACCAAGAGGCGGUUUUUUUACUUUUGCAGUUCUGCAAUACUGAGCAUUACUGGAAGUGCUCGAAGCCUAUUUACCGCGCAGCAGCAGAAUUUGGAUCCUCUCAAGUUCUGGAUGUACUACUAGAUGUUGGUAUUCAGUAUGACAGCCACGAUGAGUAUGAUGGGAACCCUUUACAUUGGAUACAUAUCGACUCCGAUCUUCGAAUGAUUGAAAGGCUCAAAGUUAUAUUUUCUUGCAACCAACGCCGUACCAGAGACUUGGAAACUCCAUUCCAGUCACUGCUUGACAAGGCAACAAAAUUGGACUAUGAUUGUCAACCCUCUCUUGUUAUGAGCUUACUGCCAGAUGACCUAUUUACGAGUCCACAUCAGUCCAGAGCUUUGUGGUACUUUCUUUGUACCGAAAUUAUCCCAUUGGUUCUCUUUUCUUCCUCUAGCAAGACAUACUUCAGAAGAUUCUGUACCGACUUGUUGGAGAGAGGUGUUGCCAAACUUUAUGAAGAGGAUUCUAGCACAUCCGCUCUGAUUCCGCUAACCAGAGCUUUGAAAGGUAAACUCAGCGCCAGUGUUCGAGACGCGUUCGACGGUGGAGAAGUUUCACCAUCCGAGGAAGACUGGCAAUGGUGUUCGGACACAAUCUGUCGUCUACUGGAAGGCACGAAUUUCAAAAACGAACUGGCACGCGAGGAGAGUUUGGAUCACUUCUUGUACAUGGCGAUCCUGAGAAAUGACCAUCAUAUGGCGGGACUGCUUCUUGAAGUUGGCGUGAAUUGUCAUAUCAAAGGUGGCACAGUCACUCCCUUUGAACUGGCAUGCUUGCCUAGUCCCUCAGACACAACUGCUACUCUGAGUUGCCUUGUGGACCGCGCGAAACCCAAGCUCCUCACACAACGCAGUACUUACACGGACCUUGGCCCUCUUCAUCUUAUUGCAGGCCUGAUUAGAGACAGCAACGCUUAUUAUCAUGAGGGCCAAAGCGGUCAUAGUAGAUCGCUACACAAAGUUUACUCUGCCUGCUAUGCUAAGGACAAAUAUUCGAAAGACGUGGCCAAAACGUUGGAAAAGCUCGAAGUCCUUUUAGACGCUGGGGCCGAUCCAAAUCUGCCUUCUGACUCUCUCUCCCCCAUGACCUACCAUAUUCUACGACACCAUUUCCAUACAGCAGAAGCACUCUUAAACAGAGGUGCUGAUCCAUGGGUUCAAGGCUCUUUCACGUUAGACAGUGUCUUAGCAGCCAUUCUUACUCGAAAUGUCGCAUUUCUUGACAAAAUUACGCAGCAAGUGGCUCUACAUAACUACCCGUCCCAGUGGAAUCGCACUUACACUAUUGCUUUGUGCAAUAGCGACUUAUAUCCACAAAUUCAUGCGCUGCACGUGGCCGUUAUAUAUGGACACGUCGAAGCUCUAGAGUUUUAUCACGAUCGAGAUCUGGUAACGAACUUGGAUGUCAAAGAUGGAAAUCAACAAACUCCAAUGCAUUACGCCGCCUCAAAUGGAAACGUAUCCGUGAUCGACUACCUGGUGGCACAUGGCUGUGACAUUAAUGCUCCCUCCUCCUCAGGGUUAACUCCACUACACUUGGCGGUGCGAGAGCGCAGAACUGGCGCUGUGGACUUUCUUCUCAACCAUGGUGCCAGACAACAACCUUGCCAUGCCGGUCGUUCUCCUAUGAUAUAUGCCUACAACACUGGUUACCAACCUCUAAUACGCCUCCUCCAGAAUCAUUCCAACCAGCCAGCAGAAAUUCGAUCUGCAAUUACUGACAGAGGCCUACAAGAUAUGAGAGACGCACUCUCUUUGGCCAUUUCUCGCAACGAUCUCGAAGCAUGUCGCCGGAUCCAUCAGCUUGGCUGCCCCUUGGAUGUUGAGGUCAAACCUAAAAUCACUCCAUUGGUUCUUGCUAUUGAACUAAGUUGCAGUGCAAGUCUUGUUGAAUGGCUUCUUAACAGCAAUGUCCGGAGCUCAGCACUGUGUUGGCAUGAGCGAUUGGGGCGUCUCCUAACUCCCCUUCAUCUAGUCUUGAUGAAUCCAGCGUAUAACUCCAUUCUCGGGGCAGUGGUUACUAAGCACCUCCAAGAGGGGGAUUUGUCAAGUAUGCACCAUUGGAAUCCCUUUGUUAUCGCUAUAGAGUAUCGCAACACUCCGGGGCUCCUACUACUUUUAGAAACACUAAAGACUCACUGCUCAGCCAAGGACUUCUCUUCCCUCGUGAAACAGACCAGCGAUAGCUAUAGCCAGUACGGGCCAAUUGCAACUUGCGGGAGACACAACAACCCGGAGGCUUUGAUCUACCUAGUCAAUUUUGGGGGUAGCAUAGAUUGCUGUGGAGACCUUUUUUUGCAGGCGUUCUCUGAGGCGGCAAAAUGGGACAGUUACCAGGUUGCUGAGUACCUGGUCUCUCGCUGUACCCGACCUGUUGAGAACCCAUCCUUUGCCACAAACCCCCUACUGAGCGCGUGUUUCGAGGACUCAUUCUCUGUCAUACAACUUUUCUUAAAGACGUGCACCAUAUCUGACACGCUGGACUGUUUUGGAAACAAUGCGAUUAACCUUUUAGCCGAUAGCACUAACAGCAAUCCCGGAACUCCUAGUCUAGCUGUUCUUAUGUCCUUAAUCGACCAUGGUAUAGAUCCCUUCAUAAACAACGACGUCGGAAUAAAUGCUUGUCAUCAUAUACUAGCUCAUGAUUUCUCGGCCUAUCUUCGAUACAUUCUGGUCCGUUUCCCGCGCUGCUUCAGUAAUCAACCCUUCAGGUGGCCGCCUGCCUGGGCAUGGUUCCCUCCAAAGUUGGGCCUCAGAAGGCUGGGCAACAUAUCGCGGAACCUACGACUUGUCCGGCCAUUUGUCAACGCCACUGAAUUUCGCCUUCUUACAGAUCUCCCAUCUUGUGAGGGGCACACUAUGCUCUGCCAGGCUCUACUUCAGGGACCAUCUGAAGUGUUUCGCAAGUUCAUCGAACUCGGCGUUGACAUUGAGCGACCGUGCAGAAAACACGGAACGCCUCUUGUCGUUGCGCUAAACACAGGUUACCUAUUAGCUGUCAAGUGCCUCGUCCACAGCGGCGCCAAAUUCUCACUAAGCGAUUUGUUAAUCUCUGGAAUGCUCCGCACAUUAUCGAACGACAGUGUUAGGGACUGGAGAAAACAAAUCCCUUCGAAAAUGACUGCCUACUUCCACCUUCUUUGUCGACGACGACCCGAUGUGGAGAUGCGUUGGUACGCACCCCGACUGCGACGCUUCAUUCGAAAGAACCAAAAAAAGCACCAGUACACCUAUCAACUCUACAGAGACGACACUGUACUUCGAGUAACAGUCAUCUGUGAUCCUCAAGAGGCGGAGGUGGAACAGGCUUUGCGCGAUAUGGGCGAUGCCAUGGUCAAACACCGGCUCCACCGUGACUGGGACUGUUUCGGCAGUGUGCUGAAUGAAGACCCCACUGAGGUUCCUGCUGAGGAGCUUGACAUGGCUAAGACUAAGCCUUGGCGUGAGCCUAAGCCCAAGCCUGAGCCCAAGCUACGUGAGGGAGCUAAAUUCGCAGGUUUCUUCAGCUUCUUCAGCUGCUUCUAG